AUGGUGCCGCCGCUUCCUCUGAGCCGGGGAGGAGCAGUCAAGGGGCAGCUGGGCAAGAGCCUGGGGCCGCUGCUGCUACUCCUGGCGCUGGGACACACGUGGACCUUCCGAGAGGAACCCGAGGACCGAGACAGAGAAGUGUGCUCGGAAAACAAGAUCACCACGACCAAAUACCCGUGUCUGAAGUCUUCAGGCGAGCUCACCACGUGCUUCAGGAAAAAAUGCUGCAAAGGAUAUAAAUUUGUCCUUGGACAGUGUAUUCCAGAAGAUUAUGACAUUUGUGCCCAAGCUCCCUGUGAACAGCAAUGCACGGAUAACUUCGGCCGUGUGCUGUGCACGUGCUAUCCAGGAUACCGAUAUGACCGAGAGAGGCACCAAAAGCGGGAGAAGCCAUACUGCCUGGAUAUCGAUGAGUGUGCCACCGGCAACACCACUCUGUGUGCACAUACCUGCGUCAACACCAUGGGCAGCUACCACUGUGAGUGUCGGGAGGGCUACAUCCUUGAGGACGAUGGGAGGACCUGCACGAGGGGAGACAAAUACCCCAAUGACACUGGGCAUGAGGAGAAGUCCGAGAAUGAGGUGAAAGCUGGGACCUGCUGUGCCACAUGCAAGGAGUUCUCCCAGAUGAAGCAGACGGUGCUGCAGCUGAAGCAGAAGAUUUCUCUGCUCCCCAACAAUGCCGCCGAACUGGGCAAGUAUGUCAAUGGUGACAAGGUGCUGGCCUCGAACACCUAUCUUCCAGGACCUCCUGGCCUGCCUGGGGGACAGGGCCCACCUGGCUCACCAGGACCCAAGGGGAGCCCUGGAUUCCCCGGUAUGCCAGGCCCUCCUGGACAACCAGGCCCACGGGGCUCAAUGGGACCUAUGGGACCAUCCCCUGACCUGUCUCAUAUUAAGCAAGGCCGGAGGGGCCCUGUGGGUCCACCAGGAGCACCAGGAAGACAUGGCUUGAAGGGGGAGAGAGGAGCACCUGGGCCCCCAGGGUCUCCGGGACCCCCAGGUUCUUUUGACUUCCUGCUGCUGGUACUGGCGGACAUUCGAAAUGAUAUCGCAGAGCUACAGGAGAAAGUGUUUGGACAUCGGAUUCACUCUUCUGCAGAGGACUUCCCCCUACCUCAGGAAUUCUCCAGCUACCCAGAGACCCUGGACUUUGGGUCUGGAGAUGACUAUUCCAGAAGAACUGAAGCAAGGGACUCUGAGGCCCCGAGAAACUUUUAUCCAUAGCACAUCCCAUAUCUUCAAGCCACCAGAAGAGAAGCUUGCCUUCGUCCUUCCCCUUACUCGGUUUCCAAACCCUGCCUUCUAAGUUUCCUUCGCAUCACAACAGCAGCAGGAGGAUGUGAUGGGUUGACAUGCUGUUCUUGAAGAGCCAAUGGGUGGUUAACAUCAAGGCUUUCUUUAGCAUCCUACUUUUUCAAGAACCUUUGGAAUUCUGAGUUAAUCGCUCCCACCGAAUCUUAAACGUUGGUAGAGUGCAAGAGAGGGAGAAAUGGCAACAUGGGUUCUUAGAAGUGUAAGGUUCCUUCUAAAAAGAAAAUGAUGUUCAAGUACUUGACUGUUCAUUCUCUACUGUCCAGAGUAAGGCUUUUCAGUUGUGGAGGAAUGGGGUGUGGAAGGAGCAACCACGUAAAAUGACAUUGGUGGAAAAUUACUUUUCUUAUCAAUGUCACAGAUUUCAAAUUCUGCAUCCUAUUUUUCAGCUUGAUGUUUGUUUGUUUGUUUUUAAAUUUGCUUACAAAAAACAAGAAAUUGGAAAGAAUAUGUUUGGAGACAUAGAGAAUUAGCCUUAUGUUUCCUGUCAUGUAGGUUGCCACAUUUUAAAAUUCAGAUACGACAGUCAUUGAUUCAUGCAAAUCCUACGUGAAGAAGGGAGUUCUUUUAUCGAGCUGGAUCAUGUGUUCUAGGGGGGCUUAAGGUGAUGAAACACCCUGUGUAUUCUAGAACAGAGAGCUCCUGGAGGCCAGGAUGGCUGAGGACUAUUUGGUCAAAAGAAUUGUCCUGCUCCAUACAUGUUGAAGGUUUGGGAAACAAGAUGGCUGACUCCUAAGAAGAUGUACAAGACGCCCUAGCACUGAUGAGGUGGCCGGAUGUGCCAGCAGGCACUCAUCCAGGCUGAAUCAAAGCCAGAGGGAAGUUGCUGGCAGGGGGGACAUCGAGAGGUGCUUCCGUAAAUCUAGAUCUCCAGAGGCAGAUGAAUCUGCUCUUAAAUCUGAAGUCCUUAUCCAGGGCCAGCCAGGGCCAGCCAGGCUCACCAGCAGUUGGAAUAGCACACAGCUGAGAGGUCUCUGGGAUAGAGAAGGAGGAGAUUUUACUAACUUGGAAUAAUUUCCCACUAUUUCCCCCUGUCUUGAUUUAAAUCCCUGUUGUUCUAGGUCUCCUUGACUUUCUGUCACAUUUCCCAAUGUCUCCCUGAGUUGUUUCUGGGAGUACUUCUAGAUCCCCAGGGAAUCACAUUCCCAGAAAGGAACAAGAGGCCAGCAGGUUUCUUCUUGCUGUCUCUGGGUUUUUGUUUCAGGGAUCGACUAUCACUUUCUCCUUGAGUGUGCAGUAUGCUCCUUGACCUUGCUCACAUGGUUGCCCACACCAGGGUCUCUGUUUGCUCUCCUGCAGCAUCCCUUUAUAUUUCUAAGAAGUUUUGCGCUUGUAUUUAUCUUUUCCCUAUACCACCUAAGCCUCCAUUUUCUUCCCACCCCUACUGUGACAGCUUGUUGGAAGAAAACUGCUAUUGGUGUGCAUGACACUGUACCAUCCACUCUUCUUUCUGAGCAAUGAGAAGGGGCUGCUACAGAGCCAGCGGGAGCCUAGUGGCCUUUCACUUCCCCUUCCCCAGCUCCCUACCCUCUCAUCCUUCUCUCCUGGCUCUCUUCCCUUUCCUCUCUUUUCUCUCUUCCUCUCCUCUUCCUUUGCCCCUUCUCUCCUUCCUUUCCUUUAUCCCUAUCCUAGCUUCCCUGCCUUUCUCUCUCUCUACAUCUCCCUUCAAUUCUCUUGCAUGUCUCCUUCCUUCCUCUCUCCCUCACUCUCCCGCUCUCCCUCCUCUUUCCUUCCUUAGUUCCCUCCCUCCACUUCCCCCUUCCUUCCUACCUACUUACGUGCUUCCCUUUUUCCUUCCUUAGUUCCCUCUCUCCACUCCCUCCCUUCUUCCCUGCUUGCCUGCCUAUCUUCCUAUCCUGCAGGAUUCCCACACACUCCCACCAAAGUCACCAAUGGCUGUCCACCAACAGUUCACGGCGAAGGCAAGCACACACUUGCAUUACUCGCUCGCUGUCUCUCCCUCCUUCCCUGUCAGUCUCUCCAGAACCUGAGCAUCACCACAGAUGGCCUUGCCAACCAUGGCUUCCUGAAGAGAUAGAUGCAACCACAGUCAAGCGCCACCUGGAAUCUAUUCAGUGCUUGCCUGCUUAUAGAGCCCGUCACUUAAAGGGUGUGGGUGGAUGAAUUCUCAAAACUAUGCACAGGCUCUGUGAGCAAUGAUUAUGUCCAUCUUGGUUUUUUAUGAGGAAUUUUAUAACUACUUUUUAUGUCUACUUUUUUUUUAGACAGUGAAAUGUAUGUAGAACUAUAAUCUUUAUUGCCAAGUGCUGGUAAAAUGCAAGUACACUCCAUGCUUGGCUGGAGGCCAGGGUUAUGUCCUAAAGGAGGGAAGUGAAAGUCACAAUAUCUGGGAUUCAUGAGUCUGUCUAGGUAAUUAUCUCCCGGAAAACAUAAUAGCCUGUAUCUUGUAACCUCAGUGCUCAUAUGCCAUGUCAAUUUAGAUAAUUGUUACUCCUCAGAUUUUCAAAACGUGGACUACUAACUAACUAUAAGACCAGGGCAUGUCCUCCAAUUGUCCAAACAAUGGAUUUUUAGCGAUUAGGUAUUAUUGCUUACAUAUCUUUUAGUCGUGGAUAGAAAAAUCAAAGCUUUUCUGUCUAAACAAACUUCUGCUCAAAAUGCCAUGGAAAGGCCUUCAGAUUUACUGAGUCACUUCUAUCUCAUGGGGAAAAUGUUCUCGUUUUUUAUACACCCUUCAACCCUUUGGUAAAAACAUUCAACUUUUCUAAUAUCUCCCCAAGUUAAGACUUGGUAAUGGAUUGCCUCUGUGUUUGUAAAGCCAUGAGAAUUAAAAAUUCACUGAAAAUAAUAUAGAGAAGACUUGCAUUUUAGUUCAGGAAAACCAAAUUUUCUAGCUGCAGAGGGAAAAAUAAUCAGCGUUCCUGUGCCAGAUAAAGGUUAGGUGUGGUGGACGCCUGUAAUCCCAGCACCUGAGAAGCAGAGGUAGGCAGAUCGGGAGUUCAAGGUCAACCUCAGCUACAAGUGUGAGGCCAGCCUGGGCUAACUGAGAGCCUAUCUCAAAGUGAUGAUGAUGAUGAUGAUGAUGAUGAUGAUGAUGAUGAUGAUGAUGAUAUGAUAACAAAUAAUAAUAAUUAGUAGGACUGGAGAGAUGGCUCAGAGGUUAAGGAUGCUUGCUGCUCUUCCAGAAGCGAAGUUCAGUUUCUAGCUCCUGCAUCAUACAGCUCAAAGACUCCCCUAACCCCAUGUCCAGUUGAUCUGACGCCCUCUUCUGACUUCCAUAGCACCUGCACUCAUGUGCGCACACACAGGGACACACAUACACAUAAUUAUAAAUAAAGUCUUUUUUUAAAGGAGUUGGGUACCAAGAAGAUGCUGCCUUUUCUUGCUUUCUAUGUUACUUUCCUAUACUUGCUACAGAAUUAACUAGAGUCAUAUUGCUGUGUGGAGUCAGUCCAGUGUCCAGCAGGAAGAUAAUAAGUGCCCAAUGACCUUGGAAGGAAGAAGUACUGGCCCCAUCAAUGGCUGGGUGCAGAGCACCCUGGUAGAGCCAGGUAAGUCAUGUUCCCUUUCCAAGGUUCCAAACAUUGUUGGCCUUGGAAGUUUGACUAUCUCGCAUGUUGGGACAGAGCUUCUUCAUGACCAAGCAUCAAACUUUACCUUGAGGUCUCAGGAAACAACCCUCUAUCUUGUUUUAAGCAUCAUUUUCCUCCUCUUCUCUUAUCCAUCCAGGCUGCCUCACAGAAGCAGCCUCAGCAGCCUCCUUCUGCAAGCCUAUCUUCCAGACAACUGUUCUAAAAGGGAAAACUAUAGACUGGAAUCUGAGCCAAACAAUUAGUCAAAUAGAGACUUCUAUUCAGGGAAACGCAUGGGUCGUUUCCUGACACAGUCAUCAUGCAUGGUUCACGACAUGUCAAAAAUAAUUUUCUAUUUGGAUUUUUCUAAAAGGGCCUUAAUUGUUGAAACUGAAAUGGUGCGCUUUAUAUGCUCUUUGUACAAAUGUCACCAUCAGCGAGAAACCAUGGAGAAGGACGUAUGGGCUAUACAUCCCUCAGGGAGCUCAGCAUGUUUUGUCCGAUUCCCAGAGCUUGUUCCCUGAGUGGUUCUUGAGUCUGUUUUUGUUUUGUUUCUCAGUAACUGGUCAUAUACUUCAGUAUCUCUGUCCGUUAUUUAUAUCAUGUCUUAUAAGAGUCAAACUGAUAAUUCCAACAGUCAUGGAUGUAAUACUAUGAAGUGUGUAAUAGUAUGACUGUAUAAUGCCUAAUAACAAAGUUAUUUUUCUUA